GGGCUUAGAAUACGGCCACGGUAUCCCCUGCCUGUCGUAAGAGGCGACUAAAAGGGGUCACACAGACACAGACACACCGAUUCGGACAAAAGAUGAGCAGACUCUAAAAGUAUGGACUGAGUAAGAUUUAAAAGUAUGGACAAGUAUGAGUGACGAAAUUUAAAAAUAAGUCCCCAAAAGCGCCGGCCCUUUUAGGGGCGAAAUUAGUGAGAUGAGAUGAGACGUUGAAAAGGGAUCCAUAUGUUUUUAUGGUUUUAUACCUAUUUUUCAUGUUUGGUACGAGAGUAAAUUUGACCUCUUGAGCAAUCACUUAAAUAAAAUUAGCAAAAGAGGUCAACAAGGAGAAAGUUUAAAUUUCAAUCUACUUUCCAUCACAACAGUUUUAGAUAAAUUUUAACCAAGUUAGAGAACUUUGAAGUUCGACAACUUUUCAGUAGUAUUCAAGUGAUAUAAUAAGUUUUUCCAAUAACGUAGUUUAUCAUUCUGCCUUUGGAACAUCAUAUUUAUAAUGAUUACUGACAGACGAAGAAUAAUGUGUGUAGGUACAUACAUCAUCACAAGUUAUUUAACAAAUGCUUUCUACAAAUCUACAAAUGUUUCAUCACAGGUCAGUUUUAAUUGCAAUACCCAUUUGAAUGGCAUAUUUUUUGUUACAGCUAUUCCAGAAUUUAUAUUGUAGUUUCUACCUAUUAUAUCAGAGGAAGGUACACUUUUGAAGCGCACUGUAUAAAAAAAGACAACUUUUUCUCUGAUUUCCUUUUCUCGUCGUUUCCUGUUCCUUGUCCCAUAAAUUAAUGUCUGUAGUUGCUUUCUCUCAACGUAAGCUUGUGAUUAAUUUCACUGCACCUUUCAAUCAUUCCGCCCUUUCUUGAAACACUCUCUGGGAUACUUUGAUUCAUUACAGUGUUCAUUAAAUACAUGUAUAGCUAUUUAUUAAGAUAUAUUUACAAAUAUAUUCUAUUUUAUGAAGUAACUAAUUUAGAAAUUUGUUAAGAACACUGAAUUGAAAAUUUCUCCAUAUAAAUCUCUUUUUUGAUCAAAUAAAUUAAUAUAAUUUCAAAUUAAUAUAAUUUGUAAAAAAUUUUCGAAUCGGUGUUUUCCUCGAAACGAUCUGCUUUAAAUUAGCAUUAGGAUAUUUUCGGAACUAUCGAACUGAUAGAUUUAUUCUUUUGUAUACACACUGGAACGCCAUGUGGCUAUUGUUCUUGCUAUUUAUAAGUUAAUAGUUUCAAUACUUUUGCAGCUUUGCAGCUGGUAAAAAAUAUUUCUACACUAACGAUAUGGUUUAAAUUUUGUAGAUUUCAAAUGUUACUAUGUAUUUAUUUUUUGGCUUUGAAUUGUGAAAUACUGACAUAACAUAACUGAGAUUGAAAGAUUUCAGAAUUACAAAAUUUCUAGGGAACCUUGUGCAUCUCAUCGUCAGAAAAAAGCUUCAAGUCACGCCAAUGUCCUAUUUCCUCUGUAUCUUCCUCCGUAUAUUUGGUAUAAAAUGGGAAUAUUAUUCCGAACAGCAGUUAAUAAAUACUAGGAACGUCGAAUUAAUUUAGACUGUCGUUUUAUUGCGGUAGGGCCUCUCAAUUUUACAUAUGACGCCAAAUUGCUACGCCACAAUAUGUAUAUGUAUACAUAUUAUAGAUACACUUUGCGCUAGCUGUCGCGACAAGCAAUGUGCUUCCGUUCUAUUUCAACGACAAUAUUACACGUAGCUGAUACGCCUUCGUAAGAUAUCAUCAAUUUCAUCGACGUACAAUUUCAUUAAAAAUAAUAUAUGUACACUAGUAAACCGGUGCGCAAACUGCGCAAACUGCGCACCACGUCCAAUAGAUAUUUUUCGUCUAUAAAUGAUUUUGUCCAUAUACUUAACAAAUCUAAGGGCCUACAGAUGUAGUACUCUUCGAAUUGUUUAUCUUUUUCCUUUGGCAUCUUUUUCGUUAAUGCAGUAAUAACAGAGUUAUGACCCUGUAGGCAUAUCUCCUUUUCUUUCUUAAUGUUAGGUAUGUAUUUCAUUAAAAAUUCUAUGAAGAUAGAAUUUAUAAUUUUAUUUUUGAUUUAUGACCCUAUCGGAACUAUAUUCGGGUACAUAAAUAUUAUCAUUUCGUAUUAUUAUGUUGGAUGAUCAUUCAAAUUGAAAUUUUAAUGGACGCUGCCACGUAUUGACAGCGAUCUUUAAUAUUUAUUUACUUUAUCUUUAUCUACUUUAUUAAAUAUAAAUUGCAAUUUGAAAAUUAGUAAUUUUGUACAGUACCUACAUAUAUCAAAUACUGUACGUACAAAAGGGCAUGAAGUGUAGAAUGAUGGAACCUAAUCUUUUUUUUUCUUUUUUCUUAAAAUCAAUUUGCACGUCUAACAACAAAUUAACUACUUUCUUAUCGUUAGUUACUUUAAUUGACUUUUAAAGAGGGUAGUUCUUCAAAGUUUACACAGUGUCGGCUCAUAUGCACCCUCGGAUAGAAACUAUCCGGCUUACUGUAAGCGACAGCUUACGACACGGAACAGCGUGUUUAAUCGAUUACAAGUCGACACGAAACGCCAGUCGACCCUCGUUCGUAAAAAAAUUUCUUGAACCGUAUAUGGAGAAUCUACACCACCGCGCACCGCGCCGACGAACCAUAUUCGUGGCGCUUUAAGUUCGGCCCCUCUAUCAAUGGAUUUAGAUUUAGACAGAAGAAUUGAGUUAAGUUUUUGUCAGGAACAUGUCCUCUGACGACGAAAUCUUCGGCCUAGAGAUCGUAAAAGUCGCCUGAUGAUUUCUUAUGAAACGUGUCACAGGAUCUUUUAUUGAAAUGCUAACUUUAAGCUCUUUUUUAUCAGAUUAAAAGGCUUUUUUAGUGCCAGGAUAUCGAUGGAAAAGGGUGAGAGACCGAAGCAUCCUUUCUUCUUAGGGAAGCUUAAUUUGUUUUUUAAGCGUUUUUUUAAAAAUAAUUUUAUAAAAGAAACAAAUCCAUAUUUGCAUAUUACGCGCGUUUACGAUACCUUACAAAUUAUAUAAAAUAUGCACUUGACUCGUCUUCUGUCCUAUCAUUCUUCUUCCUUAAGCUUUUUACCUGAUACAAGCUGCCGCAGGUGGCAGCGAAGGAAAAUGGAUUCUCGUUUAUUCGGGAGUGAAUAAUCGACAUAAAGAACAUUGUUCAGCAAGUACAGGGAACCCUUCUCAAGUGCUUAAACUUUUGUCGCUGUUUCUUUGUUCUCGUUUAAUUAAUACCAAGAGAGAAAGAAUAUAAUAAUAUGUAGAUACGUUUUUAUCUCUAAUUAAUUAAAGAAAGUAAAAUUGAAAAAUGAAAGAAUACUGAAUAACAUACAGAAAUGUAUAAAAUACAAAAUACCUCCAGCCCUCACCGUAAACUAAAGCGAAUCUUAAAAAUAAAGUAAAAGGUAAAACGCGUUUUUAUUAUUAUUAGUUUGCCUUCCUCGCGCAGCAACUUACCAAUUAACCUCGGAAAAUCCCCUAGCCGGAUUUCACGUCAGUAGGAACAAUUCCCUAGCAGCAUUAAAAAGAAAUAGAGUGAUCAAGUUCCGGGGGUGCAUCCCCGGCGCGGCGAGCCUCGUGCAUCCAUGGUUCCCGAAGGAUUAAAGAUCAAGAGAAGGAAACGAAGAGGGCCGACCGUGGCUGUGACGUAGCCUUGUCGUGAAAAAAAAAAGGUGAAACCGUUUUUGUCCCGGUGAUUCGUCUGGACACGAUGACAGACUGACGGGACGAGAAGAUAAACCGAGCUCAUGUCAGAAAAGGUCAGACGGCAAAGACAUUUAGGGAAGUUGGAAGGAGUGGAACAAAGAAGGGGACUGACUAAUCGUAACUGAGACACAAGGAGUCUGCGUGUACUGUGAAGCUGCGUUUACUCGCGUUAGAGGAAGUUGAAAAGUACGGCCCGAGGAGCAGUGACGUUAAAGGGCGAAGAGAGGAUGAAGCUUGCCAUUCUGCCCAUUUUCUGGCAUGAAAGUGUGAGUCAAGCAUCCUUUUUUUUCUCUCGACUCGCCUCCUCGAAGCAUGUCAUCGGUGGUCCCAUCAACUGUUUUCCCAUUUUUCACAAGGUUAUUGCUGACAAAGAUGAGGAGGAUCCACUCUGUCAGAAUUGAUGUUACAUUGAUGACAUAAAAUGCAGGAAAAAUGCGCGAACACUGUGGUUUUAUACAUAUCUAAUCAGCGUUAUUAAGAACUAAGAAUUUAAGCACCUAAAUUAAGAACUAUAUACAUAUUUGAGUAAAAUUUGUCAGUUUCCAGAGGAAGCAAUUUUCCUUGAAAGUUUAAAGCAUACAGUUUGCUUCCCUUCUACUUUGAUAUGUAUUUUAGCCAACGUUCAUUUCAAAGGGUAGCCAGAUUUUCUUAUUUAAGGGAGUUGUUGGUCUUUACACGUUCACUUACAUUUUAGAUUUUGUAGUUUGAAGGAAACACGUUCGAACAUUUCUUAGCAAAAGGUUCCACCGUCCGCUGGUUUCUCGUAAAUUGUGGGAGGAAACUUCGUUUUCCUCACGGGAAUACGUAAUACGUUAAAAUCUCGACGGUGCGGUGCUUUGUUUAUUAAUUACAUACCGCGUGUACCGUGGCAAAAUCAGUUUCUUAUUUGCGAUUAUGCUUUCUUCACUGUUAAGGUAUUUUAAUAUUCUAAUUAAGGGGGCAAAAUACAAAAUUACAAAUAAUAUUUCAAAAUAUGGUUCCAAAACGAAAAAUAUGAACUCACCAGUUCAGUUAGUUGCUUUGAAUCCUUUCAUUCCUACGUUCCCCUUGGUAAACAAAAUUUCAUUACACUUACUCUAGAAUUUAGAAAGUUAGGUACCAGUACAAACGUCGAACCAGUGAAAGAAGUAAAAAGGCAUACAAAUUUUAGCCUCUAAUUUUCCCGAUGUUUUUCAAAGAACUUUCAAAUCCCACUCAUAAAAGAAACUCCUAUGGCUCUCCUUUAACUUUGCCAGCAUUGAAUUUCGUUCCUUUACCUGUUACCCUCUUGACAGAGAUAAAACGUUUAACAGGAAACUUUGCAGACAUCCAAGUUAUGAUCUGGAUACGAUGUUAAAUAUUUCGUUGACGAUUAAUUGGACGCGAGGAGUAACUUUCGGAUGCAUAGCUGCACAGCUUGAAUCACCCAUAAAAAAUUGACACCGAUGAAACUUGGUCCAGUGGAAAGUUUGAAAUUGGCUUACCGGCCAGGGUAAAAAGUUUACAUGUCGCGGCUGAAUGGAUUUCCGCUUCCGUGUUCUCCGCGGGCAUGUUAUUCGGAGUACACAAACUCGGUCGGUCAAAGCAACUUGGCUCCAUGAAAGAAUAAAGAAAUAUGUAAGUACUUCGUCUUGCCACCAACUUCGUAUCACAUUAAAACUGUAAUACUUUUCACGGUAUGUGAGAUUCUGUUAACUUAUUAGUUAUUUCAGAGUUGAAUGUACUUACAUAUGUAUAGUUGAGUGAAAGUAGAACACAAAUAUGUAGAUAAUAAGGGGCAUCGUUACCUUUCUAUGUACAAUCACACUACAAUACGAUAAUAAUAUAAUGGGGACUUUUCGGUUGGUAAAGUUAAAGGUGGUUAAACAAGCCUCAUCAUAAAUCAGUUAAUCUUUCUUCACCACUUUAGACCUCUUCACCCCUGUCCAUUUUCAUCUACCUACCUACCUUUUCGUGACCUACCCUUACAACGUUACUUCUCUUCCUUCAGACCCUCGUUUUAGUCACACCCCGAAAACGUAUGUAUUAUAUAUAUAAUACACCACUGAAUCAUUUACUUUACCAUCUACCUUUAUAUUAAACAGUAGUCCAUCAUAGAAAAGCAAAUUAAUACAUUACGAGAAGCAUAACCACAAUUAGGAAAUGCUUUUUUCAUCUCGUAAGUUGAGGUCAUUUAAACGAUUGAAUUCUGUGGACAACGACUAUGGAAGGGAAACCAUUUUUCGUAUAAUCUUCCAUUACUUAAAGAUAGUGAAAGUGCCACAGCAGAAGUAACCAAGCAAAGCUUAAAGUGCAGUGGCAUUACACGCGACUUCUCAGAUUAUUUAUGUAAUUUAUAUUUCGCGUGCUAUUUGGGAACUGUGCUGAUUUCGUGUAUUGAUUUCUCAACGGUAAUGGUACUUACGUGCGAAAAAUUCAACUGACGUCGACACAGUGCGGCGCGGCGUGACAGAUUUACAUACAUAUUACCAAGGUAUAAAAUAAUAAUAACAACAUAAUCUCAUUUAUUCCCAAUAUUGGAUAUUAAUGGUUAUACAGGGUUAUACAGUUAUCUAAUCGUAAGAUAAGCCAUUGAACAAAGUCUAUGCUACAUCUGAAAUAUGUAGCACUGGACGCUAUGCAACGAACACAUGUAACAAAUUCACUGGGACAAAGUGUAAAUGUUUACUCGAGCAGACGCUCUUCUGUCGACAGCUGUUUAGAAGUAGUAAAAUAAUAAAAAUUCACGAUGAAACACGUGCAUAAAGAAUUUGUAAACGAGUCGAGUGAUGCUCGACAAGAACAACAGUUCUCCGGCUCGCGUUGCCUCUCAAACGCGCUUUAUGUAAUCACUUAUACAUAUGUACAUAUGUAGAUGUGUAGUAACAAAAUUGACUUUUAAUUGCAAUCAUUCUUUUAAUGCAGCAUGCAUUCAUCAAAAUGUCGAAUAACAAUUUUUCUUGACGCUGCUAAAAUAACUAAUUGUAAUUGUUAGAGGUAUUACCUCUAGUGUAAUAUACUAACACUAUUUAACAGUGAUUGUCUGUAUCUUGAAAAUUUAUUUUAAUUUCAACUUUUCAGUACGAUAGGCAUUCGAUACUUACCUAGCAUAUAAAUUCCUGUUAGGAACGCCUCAUGCAUAUAUUCUACCACUGGAACUGAUUUUUAGCCAAAUUUUUAUUUGUUAAAUAAAAUUCUUAAUAUCUAUGAAUGGUAAAAUAGGUCCUUGUCGGUGUCGUCGGUGUCGUCGGUGUCGUCGGUGACCCUGUAAACACGGAAUAGCAAUGUUCCGUCGAUAAAAAUGGUCAAAGCAGUCGAUAAACUGAAAAGCAUCAGCCCUCUAUGUGACAACUUUCAUACUGUAGAAAAAGAAAUUAUCUCUUCCUUGCCAACAGCAAUAUUGAUAGUAAUCAAUCUUAUCAUCGGACUCUUUAUUGACAUAGGUUGCUAUUCCAGUUGCGAUCAAUCAUUCUGUCUAUCGACGUAAUUUUUGCGGGUAAUGACAUUCUGAAUCAAUAAAAUUUCAGUAUUUUACAAAAAUGUGUAUGCAAAUUGUAUGCACAAUUAUAACAACAUUGUUAUGAGCCAAAAUAACACUGUAUUCAUUUAUCAUACUAGUUAUACAGAUCAUUCAUCUUCCCAGGAUUAAAUGUGACGUAAUGAAACAAUAUAGGUACUAUGUAUUUCGCCCUCGAACUUGAAAAUAAAAGUUAUUUUUGCAAAACAAUUUUCAACACAUUUCUCCCAAUCUAAAAAUAUAGAAUCUCAUUUGAUAAAGCCAUGACACAAUAUUUCUUUUUUACACCCUACAAAGUAGGCCCUUCCUCGGUAGUCGUACGCAUCCAAUUGACACGUAGGCGUCAUUCCCUCCAUAUGUACAAUAUGUAGCUUGAUGACGUAAAACUCAGUCUUCGUUUUUUCCCCAUUCAACUACAAUAUCUUUCGACCAAUACGCUCUUUCCCAAUCUCCAAUCCGUCAGCUUGUAGGUGGCACCUGAUGUGUUUUAUACUUUUUGUCGAAAAAUGAUGACGUACGCUCAUUGUCGUUAGUGAAAUUGUCUAUCCCAUUGAUGGGAGUCGGAUGAAUUUUUGAUUGAUAUUGAAACUCGUAUGUAACUUCGUAUAGUACUUUUUCUUCUUAUUUUCUUCUUGUUGUUUAUAAAGGUUUUUUGUUUUUUGUUUUUUGAGCUCCUGACGAUGAGUUAGUGUUAGUACACUGAAGCAUUUGCGUAACUUGGAUUUUUUUUCUGGAGUGGGUUAGAAGCAGCAAAAACGAUCCGAGGCGCGUGAAGGCGCGUGAAACGCAAACAGGGAGUCAGAGACCCCCAUGAUUCCCUUGGCGAUAACGGCAGCUACGAUCACCCGUCUCAAUUUCUUCUAUGCAUCUCUGUCAUCCAUUCAUCCCUUACUUCCCUAAUCUGAAACUCUCCCUCGCCGGACGGUCUUCACCCUCGUCACGACGAUCAGCCUCCAAGCUCUUCCGUUCCCCUCUUUUCUUUUUCUUUUUUCACCCUACGACCUUCGACGAGAGAACACUCGAAACGAUGAAUUCCCUCUUCGUGGAGUGUUGAACGUUGUACGCUUUGGAAUUUUGAUGUAUUUGGAAUUUCAAGAGGUAUAAAACCGGAAAUCGUUCCAUUUGUUUCAUUAAUAAUUUAAAUCUCUUAUGGAAGAUGCAGAGAGAUUUUGAAUUUCUGCAUACAGAAACAAAAAAAAAAAAAAGAAAUUCGCUGUUGCCAGUAAUUGCAGCUCCAUCUUCCGCGAAAUGGUGGAAUUAAGGAAAAUAUUUAGGCGUAUCAUUCAUUAGCGAAGUGAAAUUGUCCUGGUCCAUCUCCGCGAGAUCAGAUGCUGGUCGGAGGGUGCGCUAGCGGGGAGACCUCUCUCGUCGAGCGAGGAUCCAGCGAGCUUCGGGGAUGAUUGGGGCGGCGCUGGCGUCGGUGGAGGAGGUCGGGGUAAGUUGGCAGAACGAGACGAUGUAUGUUCGAGGGAGGGAACGGAACGUGGAGAUAGUCGACGAGGACGCUGGGUGGUGAGUGGCACCGUUUCGGGUCCUCCUUGGUCCGACCGUCAGGACCAGGACCUGGUUUCCUUUCGUUUUUCGCGUUUCUCGAGGGGAAACAAGAGAAGGACAGAUCGAUAGAACCGGCCAGUGUGCUUGCUUUGCUUGCUCGAGUGGUUGCGUGCGUGCGUGCAUGCGUGCGUGCGUGCGUGCGUGGGUGCGUGCGUGCGUGCGUGUUUGCCCUGCUGUCGUGAAUUCGGACCGCGUCGAAGACGAAGAAGUUCGGGGUGCGGCCGACGAUGGUAAAGGCCCCCAGCAUGGGACCGUCGGCUGGUACCCAAGGGAUCAGGAAGAUACAUCCUGGCCCCGAAAUUGCUAUGAACCCGAGGGACCUGCCGAAUGCGAACAUCACUACACCUCCCAGCAUCCGAGCAGAUGGCAAGACUACUUCGAUCUAUCAUCCUCAGGUGGACGUCUCGACCCAGGUGGAUCUGCACGGCGGUUUCACCGCGACUAGUGGUAACAUUAGCAUCGACUGGGAUCGAAGGGCGACUCCUUUGUACUCUCGUGAGGACAUCAAGGAACAGUAUUGCAUAACCAGUCGGCAAUUGGAUGCGGUAGAAAAAUCUGGCGGUGGUUUCUUUGGGUGCCUGUCGACUAGAGGACCUUCUCCAUGCAGCGCAGCUAGGACCUCCAUUCUUUCUGCCUGUGUGAGAAGCGUGCCAAGCGAUGAAAACCUCUGCGACGCCCCCUAUCCUCGAAGACCCCUCCAGAUCAUGUACCGACAACCGUACCCCGGUUAUGCGAGGGGGCUGUCACGUUAUGAUUUUGAGGACGAGGCUGACUGGAUAGAGAGUUCCUACUUCCGAAGGAGACCUAGGUCAUUUUGCACCAUUCCUGACCCGAAAAGGUACACCUGGCUUCCCGAGGACGAAGAAUCAACAAAAUUGGAAGGUCCUCGACCAGUUCUGCCACCUGCGCCCCCACCACCUUCCGCGCAAGCGCCAAAAACGAAGCACGUGAGCUUCGCGAGAUCACAUACCCUUACAUCCUUCGACGUUCCAAGGAGUAGAAGUCCUCCAAGACCACAAAAUCAGGAACGCCUUAUAGAUUCACAGCCAACAAUGCAAAAUGCGAUGCUACCUUCAACUUUACCUCUGAUGCACCCCUAUGGAACUAAUGAGCCCCGUGUUCUUGUCCUUGAAAAGCCACCAAAGCGAGGAACCAUGAAGACUCAGGCAACCCAAACGGAGUUGCCAGCGGUGUUUCGAGGUCGCAUCCCAGUCACCCUUAGCCCCAGGACGAUACACCGGGUAAAGAUGGUCUCGCAAGGCGCCCAGACAAACGGUCUGUUCAACGGCAGGAAAUUGACGAAAAGUUACUCGGAGGCUGGUCAGCUGGGUACCCCGUUGGGUGGCGGUCAAGCUGGCACACCGGGGAAAGAAGAAACCGAGCACGAACCUCUUCACAGGACGCAGAGCGAGGAACCACCCAGGUCACCCUUCCUUGUCGAUACGCCACCCCCUGGAGGACCGUACACCACUCCCGCUACCGAGGAGGCUCUGACUAAUGGGGACAUCUCGGAACCUCUAACGAGUGUCCUUCAAGAUCAACGAAGAUCCAUCGACUUAGAUGACCAAGAAAUCCUUAUAGACUUUAAGCCUGCACCAGUGUCGCCGGAUGUUCGAGCUUUACUGAACCGGAUAUCCCAAUCACCGCGAAGGUUUCUACCGUUGCAGAAGACCUUUUCCGACGGAGAAAUUCGUGUGGAAAGACGCGAGUUGGUCGGUGAAACUGGUGAACCAAGUUAUCCUCACACGUGUAGAAGAAAUCAUCAGGACCCAUGGGGCAGGACCGUCAGAGCAUCCGUCCAAUUCUCCUCGACGCCCGAGGACCUGUCCUUGCUCCGAGUUUCUUCGCCCCACGAUGAUCAUCCCGAAGAGGAGUUUCACGAGAACCUCAUUCGACGAGGGCUGUUUCGCAAGAGGAGCGUAUCACUGGAGGAUGGUGUGCAAGGUUUAGUGUCCGAUGAUUUUAUGUUGCCAAGAUCGCUUCCAACAUCACCCACAUCACCGACUGCAGUAGCAGCACCACGAAGGAUUUUACAGAGUCCGAAAGACUACGCAUCACCGACUCGUCCACUGCGACAAGUGGCGCCACUUUGUCCGUUACUUUUCACUGCUACCGGAAUUUCCGGUAUGAUCACGUCUCCGUUUGCUUCGAGCGAUUCGCUAACGAACGACGUCACGAGGGACCAUAGCGAUGGAAUUUGGAACGAGUCACAGGCGACGGUUCUCCAGGCUGACUCGUUGGCCUUAUUGACACCGUCCUCGAGGAGGAGGCAUCUUCUGCUUCUCCAACACCAACAGCGAUCCUCGAUGGACACAGAGGCGCUGGACGUUGAAGAGACCAUUGAAUCACGUCCUUCGAGUCCAAGGAUACGCCUUGAGCCAGCAACGCCUGUUCAACCGUUAACACCAAGGCAAUUACUUCUCAGCGUCGAAUCGUCCCUGACGCCAAACAACGGUAGAUCGAGAAGCGGAUUUCGUCGUCCGAGUCCUGGACCGCCGUUAUCACAGCCUCAAUCGCAAUCCUCGAGCGAAUUCGGCUUGAGCUUGGCCAGGACUGAUUCAGGAGGUCGAACGAAUACCGAUCUGUCUGAAACCUCGACUACCGAGGACUAUGUCACUGCCAACACCUCCACUGAGACUGGGACCACUACAGGCACCUCCGCAACGACCAGUUCCUGGUCCAGGCCUCCACAGACUUCAAGCGCCGCGGCGUCCGCCUCGGCAACGGCCACUGCUGCGGAUGGAAGCUCCUUCGAGAGUGCCAGUUCAAUUUACAGCCUUGCUCGCAGCGAGGCCAUCGUUGAAGAGCCAUGUAGUCCACCACCGAUACUGGAGGAAACGGAAAUUCCAUUUGGAUUGGAGGUACCUCCGUCACCGGCUAGAUCCAGCAGCAGCAGCAGUUCGGGUAGCUACGAUCUGAAAGAUGCAAUGAUAGAUCCAGGUCAUGAACACGAACAGACUGCACCUCCGAGCGGACACACCUCAGAGACGGAGUUGGAUCGUGACGAAGGUCAUCGCUCCUCUUCCGGAGGCUAUGCAGAAUCUCCUCCAGAUCCGCGAACUUGGAGCGAGGAAGAGCGUCAUAGACGCCGGAAGACCUUUACUCUGGACUUCCUUGGUAGCACACAGGACAUUGAGCGCAGUCCAGAACCCUAUGGGGACAGUGCUGAAGUCAGUCCAACGUCCAGCCAUCGGCACAGACCGAGAGGAAAAUCAACGAACGCCAAGAGUCCCCAUAAAAACAACAGGAAACGGGAAGCUACUCAACAAAUGGUGCAGGUGCAACAACAGCAACAACAAAUUAUUAAAAGUCCUCAGAAAGAGGAUUGGCGUGUGGAUCAGAGUGAAGAUACUGGCCAUAUUCCUACGUCAGAUGAUUCUAGCUGUAGUCAUCAUUACCAUAUGUAUCAUCAUCAUCAUCAUCAUAUGCAUCGCGAUGGUGCUGAUGGAAGACAUAGAAGAACUAGAGAGAGUCCCAGGAGGAAGACCACUGGUUAUGUUUCUGCUAGGAGAAGAAGUAAUGAGGAUAAGAACGCGGCCAUAACAGGUAGCCUGCCACGAAGAAGAUCACGUGCGGCGGACGACAUAAUGUGUUCGAGGUUGAGUCCGGGCCGUUAUCAACGUAGUCCAGGACACAACGGGCAACGGGCGUUGAUUGUCGAGUCUCAGAGCCCAGAAGCGAGAUUAAAAGCUCUUUCAGCGGAAUCCUUGAGGUCCGUCAGUCCGGGUAGCGACAGUGUCUUUUACAGCGAGGGUGCGGACCAAUAUCUUGCUAUCAGCGCGCUCGACGCUCCACAUUGUCAUCAUUGUGGCAGAGAGGUCUCGGAAGAGAUCGUUCGACCACCGGCAGGUUUCGCGGACUCCCCGGAAGGGCACCGAUCCUCUUCGAAGCACGUGUCCGGUCACAGGCUGUACAAGAAAUUCGACAAGAGGUACCGAUCGGAGGAUCGUGGCGACAGAAGGCAUCGACGAAGCAGCGCGGGCAGAUCAGACGUCAGGGCGAAGUCUGAAGAGAGGAUCGCUUCCAGACGCGGAAGCAGAGGAUCCAUUGAUGAAACUGCUGCUGGGAGGAAGAGGCUUCAUGCGAGAAGCACGGAUGUCAGUUUGGAAAUCCUUACGGGUCGAGAGGACGAGGACAGCUACGUGGAACCCUACACGAGUAGCGAAUGGAUUUACAUCGGUGACCUCGAAGAGAGUCACGUGUGGAAAAGGCCAGACAGCAGGGACGGCGAUGAUGAGAUUCCGGAAAGUGUCGCUAAAGAGAGGAGAAGCUCUCAGGAAUCGACGGAAAGCGAGAGAAACUUUCGGAAGAAGUAUCAGGCGGCGACGCACAGGAUGGUGCAUCGGAAAAGCAGCGGGGAAAUGUAUAAGAGGAUACAAACGAAGAGUUUCGAAUGCGACAAGAGGGUGAUAGUGAAACGCGAAGCUGGAGGAGAGUUUGGUUUCCGUAUUCACGGUUCGAAACCGGUGGUGGUUUCCGCCAUCGAACCUGAUACACCGGCGGAAAGUUCAGGCCUUGAAGUCGGCGAUAUUAUCAUGUCGGUGAAUGGAAAAAGCGUUAUGGACGCGACUCAUUCGGAAGUCGUCAGGCUAGCACAUUCUGGCACCGACGUACUAGAACUGGAGGUGGCGAGAACCUGUAACGUCCUGGCACCGAGAAUGAUCAGGCCCGGGACGAAAGAAGACACCGAUGAGGCACCACUCUGUUCCGGUUACCUUUGGAGAAAAUCGGCGACCUCCACGAACACCGAUAAAUGGGUCCGACGAUGGUUUGCUCUGCGACGUGAUAACUGCCUUUACUAUUACAAGACUGAUGCGGAUUCACAGCCAGUGGGGGCAGUAAUGCUGAUAAAGUACGAGGUGGAACAAACACCGGAGCUGAGGUUACACAGUUUUGCGAUAAAGAAACAGGGUGCACCGACACUUCGACUCGCGGCCGACUCCGAGGAAGCUGCUGCCCGAUGGACGACAGUCAUCAAGGAGGCCAUUGAGAGAAACGAUCAGGUGGAUACAUGGUUGGAAGCAUCGAUGAGGAUGCGUGAAAUGGCAGCAUGCGCCAUUCAAAGACCAGACUGUUUUGGUUAUCUGAGUAAGCAACAAGAACACGCGAGGAAAACAUCUUCACCAACUGGUUGGUCAAGACGAUAUUGCGUACUGAAGGAUGCAGCAUUGUAUUUCUACGAUGACGCUAAUGCAGAGAAAGCAUUUGGUGUCGCCUGUCUUCACGGCUUCAGGGUGCACAGCAGUGCGCCCACUUCCGGUGGUAGGAAACACGCGUUCGAAUUGCAGCCACCGGAUCCCACGCAGAGAAGUUAUAUCUUCGCUACGGAGUCCGAAAUGGACAAGAAACGAUGGCUGGCAGCUCUAGAAUACUCGAUCGAUCGAUGGAUAAAGAUUGGUUGACAGAGGCCGACUUACCGUACAAAGAAGCAAAGAAGCCGAAGCAGCGAAGAUCCCCUAAGGUGUCCUUCGUCUCUUCAUGUUUCCGGUUCCUAACGAACAUUGUCGCAAAUCACAAACUCAUCAAUCACUGUCGUCAUUGUCGCUUCGAUUGUCGUUCGCAAAUGCAUUACGUGGAUCAUGUCGCAAAUGCUCUUCAAAUUCGCAGUUCUUCGAAAUUCUUCGUCAUUAUAAUAGAAUCCAUUAAACUUUUCUUUAGAACAUUUCGUCGGAUUCAUUUGUAACGACAAUUUACAUCCUUUGUAAUUUAUUAUCGGUAUCAUCGAGAAACAGAGGUGCCAAAUAUCUGCCAAAAUAAUUAUAAAUUAAACCCCUGUAAACAAAGCUCAUAGUGCUAUCCUUAUAUGAAAAUUGAAUAAUCAUUUUUAAGAAAAAUAGAGAAAAAUAUUUAUUGAAUUGAGAAAAGAAAAGAAAAGAAAA